UUCAUGCUAAUUGUCAUUUAUUACACGAUGAUUACAAUAUCUUGCAACACCAAGUUAAGCAAUUUUCGAGUACGGAAGCGAUGGUAAUGAGCUACAACACGAAGCGCGCCGAAUCUGUGGAAGAUCGCGUGGCUGCGAAUGUGAAUAGAGCUAAAACGUCUAUUGUUGAUGGGCAUUAUAAAGUCGGCUUUCUGUGGCGUCGCGAUACUUCCAUUAUGUCGGAGAACAGUCUUAUUGCCCGUACGAGAUGUAGGAAUCCGAAAAAACGACUGUUGGAAAAUGACGGUCUGAGAGAUGUGUACUGCACCUCUAUGAGCAAAAACAUCAAACGUGAUUGGGUGCGAGAGCUGACUGUUAAAGAACGUGAUACUUUGGGUCCUCGAACUUGGUAUCUUCCUCAUCAUGGAGUUGAGAAUCCAAAUAAACCUGGCAAGAUACGAAUAGUUUUUGACGCCGCGGAUACAUAUUGUGGAAUCGGUUUGAAUAAUCAGAUAUAUUCGGGACCUGAUCUCAUUAAGAAUCUGAUUGGAGUUUUAUUGCGCUUCAGAACAAGAUUGAUUGCAUUGAAUGCUGAUAUUGAAGCCAUGUAUCACAUGGUGCGUCUACCACAGUCGGACACGGAUUCAGUCAGAUUUUUCUUGCAAGGAAAUCUGAGAUCCACAACCCCGCCUGAUGUGUAUCAAUUUCUAGUGAGAAUAUUUGGUGUGGUCGACUCGCUAUACGUUGCAAAAACCGCGCUUGAUAACACCGGGCAAUUUUCAAUGGAAGCAGUAGAAACGGUUUUUAGGGAUUGCUACGUAGACGAUUUGCUUUCAUCAGAAUGUAAUGGUGACUCCGCUUUUUCCGACGCUCAAGAAAAUUCUAAUAUAUUAGCAAGCAGGAGUUUUCGAUUGAAAAAAUGGCUUUCAAAUUUCAAAACAUUAUUGUCGAAAUUUAACACAGGGGAUUGUCGUAAUCCUGACGUUGAAUCAAAUUUUGAUUAUGUGCCCAGUUAUAAGGCGCUGGGACUUCAUUGGAACACUAAUGACGACGAUUUCUACAUUGUUUACAAAGAUGAUUUGAAAUGGGACAAAAACUUAGAUAACCUCAGGAAGAAUGCUCGGGAAGAGUGGACCGAAUCAUUAAAACAAUUGACUAAUUUCCAUGUGCCUAGACAAUAUUUAGGCGCCUCGAAAACCGCUAUUUAUGAGAUUUGCGAUGCGUCUGAACAAGCUUACGUCGCAGUGGCUCACUUGCGUGCCAAGAAAUGUCAGUGUGUGAAUUAUAGUUUGUCGAUGGCCAAAUCAAUUGUUUCUCCGAUGAAAUUUAUGUCCGUUUCCAAAUUAGAGCUGCAAAGUGCUUUAUUAGCCGCGCCCGAUAUUAUAAACAGUCGUCCUUUUCUAUUAGCGACAACGUACGUGAUCCAGCUCCCCUCACGCCUAAAUACACCUUUGGAUCAACAGCGCAUCAGAGAAGAUGGAGACAAACCGAAGCAAUUUCGAAUCGCUUUUGGAAGCGCUGGCGACGAACGUAUGUACCAAUGCUGAUGACUCGAACAAAGUGGAAAAAAGAGGAAUUUAUUGAUGAUGAUAUCGUAAUUGCUGUAGAUGACGACGUGCCAAGAAGACGUUGGUUACUAGGAAGAGUUACUUUUAACCGUGUGUGUGUAACUACCGUCAAAACAGCAGGUGUGGAAAUAACCAGACUGGUGACGAAACUAUGCCUCCUGGAAAAUGAAUAACCCCUUGGAGGGUUAUUGGGGGCGGCUGUGUCGGCGAUAGAAGUUUCUUUUCAGUUGAUAAUAUUUUGAACGCUGUUCUUCUUUGUGUUCCGACCUGCUAAUUUUUAUCGAUAAUUGCUUUUCUGUUUUGACGCGAGUUUCGCGGGCUUUACUGCAUCUGACGUGUCACGCGUGGCUCUUGCAUCUCGACUUUACGCGUCGUAGGACGUUCUUGUUUAAUCUUGUUAUGAUGUUAGUGGUGUGGUUUCGCAUUAUCCGCUUUAUUGACUUAGCGUGUGGGUGGCUUUUGGUCUCGUUAGGUAGACCUGUGGUGAAGGUAUCGUAACCGGGGCCCCAUAUGACCAUCGUCGUCAUUUAUUGCUUUAAUUGUUCAUGUAUUUUAUAUUUCAUUCUUAUUAACUGCUUUCUAAAUUUAGUUGCUAUUUUUAUGCCAAUAACGUCAUCGUUCACGUUUCAUGUCAGUUUCUUGUCGAUUUAGGCCUUUGGAGCGUUAUCAUAUUCAACCGUUUUACAAUAAACGCGUAUGACAUGGAACAUCUGUGUGCCUAAAUCUGAC